UUCCUUCACAACCACAAGAUGCGUAGCGGUUGCUCAGGAGAGCACCUGCUGUGCUAUUGCUUGCGUUUCUCAAGUAGUUGUAGCAUCGCUAGUUGAUUUGACUAAUCGAAUCGUUUAGCAAGAAGAACAGGGAAGCUAUGGCAAACGCGCAUCGCACAAACGUCUUGGUUACCUCUUGCUUGAAAACGCCGGUAGACCCACAUACCAAGGCUCCUUUGGCGCUGUAUGAAAGGGAGCGUACCAUUCCAUAUUCAUCAGCAGCUGCUCAUGUCGACAAUCGAGACUAUGAGAAAGAGCUGGAGUAUGAUGACUCAGGUUCUGAGUUUGGUGGCGUGGAAUGUCUAGAGAAGGGCAGCCCCCUGAUGAUCAAAGAUUACCGUGUGACGGGGGAUCACAUUGACCUGCGCGAGUUCUACUUCUCCAAUGAGGAGUACUACCGCAAGUUGGAAGAGCUGAAGAUGACCCACCUUCGCACCAUGGCCGAACUGGAGGGGAUGUACCGCAAGAAGCUUGAGCACAAAGGCACUCUAACCUCGGACAAAGUGCAGGGCUCACAGGAACACAGGUCAUACUUGAAGAUCAGCCCUAUGCCCGUUCGGAGUCUGAGGAAGGCUCACUCAGCUCUGGAGCUCCGAAGGGGCUUGGGGCUCUCAGACACAUCCGACGAGGAAGUUGCCAUCAACAACGAUGUGGAGAAGGGUCUGCAGUCCUCUCCCAAAGAGCACAUCAAGAAUAUGUGGCAGGACUUCAAGCUGUCUCCUGGUCAGCGCCACCCAUCCACAUCCUCCCUCCAGAGCCUCCCAGGGGGCCAAAAGGGCCUCAAGAAAGGCGUCAAGGGUAAGGGCCAUAGACAAGGACGAAAAGAUGUUGAACAAGCACUCUGGAAACCCAGGGUGACCAUCCCUAGGCCAUUCCACAUGACCGUGCGGGAGAACCAGAAACGUCAGAAAGGUGUCAAGACGCGCUCAGAAAUUGAGCUGGAGAACGCUGCCCUGCGGAAGCAGUUGGAGGAGCUUACUGAAUGCCAGCGGAAAUUCCGUGCCAGCCCCGUGCCCGCCCAUGUGCGCCUGCCCCUCUACGAGGAGCUUCAUGAACGUGAUGAGGAGAGGCGACGGUCCAUGCGCGAGCGAGAGCAACAGCGUCUGCUCUCCAUCCAGCAGCCCUUCAGCUUCUUAGAGCGUGAGCGUCUGAAGAAGGCGCGGAGAGAGGAGCAACUCCGCAACCUGCUCCCAAUCAGCCAAGACAGAGUACGACCAUUUAGGGCCAAACCCGUGCCCAAGGCGGUGUAUGAUGCAGCAUCGGGCGAGCAACUGAAAGAGGAGCAGCUGUACCGGGCCAUUAAGAUGCAGAUGAGGGCACAGGAGCUACUCCACAGUGCCUCGAUGCCGCCCAGCAUGCUGGCACGCCGCCUCAGCGAACGCCAGGGGACCAAGGGUGAAGCCAGGGGGGACACCGCUGGAUCAGAGGAGGACAGUAGCACCCCCUACAGGCCUAAAAUUAAUCCAGAAGUCCCUGACUUUGACUCCAGCUACAGAAGGUUCAAGAAGCAGUUGGAGAGCCGUCGCGACGUGAAACCCGUGACGACGUGUGAGCCAUUUCAGCUCCGGACGUCACAGAUUCCCUCACACCGUGAACGCAUCCUGGCUGACAUAAAGAAGGAGGAGAUGAGCCCCCGGGCCAAACGAUGGCCCUACGUCAGCACAGUUGUACCUGUGCGCUCACCCAAUUCAAGCCUUUGCUCUUCCCUGUCAGGCAGUCUGGAACAGCUGCCCACCAAAAUCACAGACGCCACCAAAAAACGCCAAGAGGCUGUGAGAAAGGUGCUUGAGAUGAGGAAAAAGGCAGAGGAACAGGAGGAGAGAUGGAAAGAGAGACAGAAGCAGAGAGAGAAGGAGCUUGCGAAGGAGGUUGCCAAGCGGGCCCAGGCCAACGAUGCUCAUAUGCCCCUUUCCAAGACCAACCAGGCCAAACUCAAGCAGUUCAGGAAGCAGGACCUUCAGCGCAGGAAGGAGUACCAGGAUGAAAUGAGAGAGAUUAAGGAGAGAGUUAAGGAGAGGCCUCUGCUGUUGGAACAGGUUGCACAGAUGAACGCCAAACACUCUGCAGAGAAACGCUACACAGACACUCUGCGAGGGUGUGGACUUAGUGAAGACUUCAUCCGUGGCCAAGUGGCUAAGUCCCAGUAUCCAGGUGGUCAAGAAGCUGCUUUCAGGACCUCCUUCUCUAGUGAUUCCACACAAAGUCAUAAGGAAGAGACUGAUGCAUCUGCAAACUACAUGAAGGACUUCCAGAAUGACUACCAAGAUGAUUAUGAAGACAGCUCUGCUGAUCAGGAACUAGAAGAUGAGCAGAAGGAGGAUGAGACGGAUGAGUGUGAGUAUAAAAACGUGGAAGACGAAGACAGACGCCAUGAGGAAGCACAAUAUGAGAGGGUGGACACUGGGCGUUCUUUAGACGAUGGAGAUGACAACCACACAGAUGACAGCUGCCGUUACUCUGAUGACGAUGAACAUUACUCAGACGCCAGUGAGCAUUACUUGCCCCUGGAUGAAGAAAGGAAUGAGUGCAGUGAGCUUAUUAAAAGGCGCCAGAGCAGCCUGAGUUACAGAAUCAGCCAUCACAGCCAAAGUAGUCAGAACUCUGAGAGUGACAGGGAAAGCACAGCAAUAGCUGAUAUGAAAAGUGAUGAGGAUGACUGAAAUGUCAAAGCAGUUUUUUUUCUUUACAGGUAGAUGGCUUUUGUUGUGUGCAAGCUUUUAUAAUCCUGUCACAAAGUGGCAUGUAAAUAAAACAACCUGUAAUAGAUUUUACUUAAUGUGCAUAUAAAGUACUAUCAAAAAAUGUGUAUACAUGCAUCUUUUGAAUUUGUGAAUUAAAUUGCAGAAUUUUUAUUUUAUACAUGAAUAGUGUCAGAGACAGACCACUGUAGCAUUUCAUUUGUUUGUUUAAGGUAACUUUGUCUUGAGAUAUCCUACUAUGCAAAACAAUGUGACAAUUUCUUAAGUUUUUUUGUUUUACAUUUUCUUUUGACAAUUAGAUAUGUCAUUGUUAUGAGAUGUAGAAUAUCCUUUGCAGUACUUGGUUAUACUUUUUUCCAAACAUUCCUUAAUUGAUUGUUUCUUGCAUAUUUCAUGUUCACUAUAUGGAAUAUUUUUCAUGUAUAUUCUAGAACUUCUAUUGUAGGCUAUAUAAACAUUUUGCAAUAAAGCCUCACUUACCUACAAAGUA